UGACAUAAGUAAAUUGACGUUAAUGACCUAACCUUUUUUUGGUACAAAUUUUCAAGAAAUACGACAGAAGAAAACUAAACAAAGUCGCAGUUUUUAUUGGGAUUUAUUUCACAUGCUUGUCUUUAAUCAAACCAUUAUUUUAGAUCAUCAUCUACAAGGUUAAUAAAAACAUGUUCCGCAACAAUUUGAAAUAUUACAUCCCUAGGAAUGUUGAUAUCUGCCGUGGCAAACACACUAGUAAACUAGAUGCUAUAAGAGAGAAGAUUAGAGAAGGACCGAGUUUUGCUGACUUCGUGUCUGAAGACCGGCCGAAGGAUUGGGAUGAUUAUAAGGGGAAGUUGAAGAGGGAGAAAGGAGAAAGAGAGCGCUUGAGACUUCCACCUUGGUUGAAAACUACUAUACCUACUGGAGCGAAAUUCCAUGACAUCAAGAAACAGCUACGGUCGCUGAACCUGAGCACAGUCUGUGAGGAAGCUCGUUGUCCGAACAUCGGCGAGUGCUGGAGUGGGGGCAAGCACGGCACUUCUACUGCCACUAUUAUGUUGAUGGGCGACACGUGCACCCGCGGCUGCAUGUUCUGCUCCGUGCGCAGCGCGCGCGCGCCGCCGCCGCUCGACGCACGCGAGCCCGCGCGCUCGGCGCUGGCCGUCGCGCGCUGGGGGCUCGCUUACAUCGUGCUCACUUCCGUCGACAGGGACGAUUUACCAGACGGUGGAUCGGCGCAUAUUGCGGAGACAGUCAAAGAGAUUAAAAAACAGAACAAAGACAUACUAGUGGAAUGUCUGGUGCCGGAUUUUCGCGGCAAUCGAGAUAGCAUCGGCCGCAUCGCGGAGUGUGGGUUGGACGUGUUCGCGCAUAACGUCGAAACUGUCGAGAGGUUGACGCCUUUUGUCAGGGACCCUAGGGCUGGAUAUCGCCAAACCCUGAAAGUGCUGGAGACUGCGAAGGAAAUCAACCCUGACCUGAUAACAAAGACUUCAAUCAUGUUGGGUCUAGGAGAAACUGACGAACAAGUCGAACAGACUAUGAAAGACCUUCGCGACGUUGGAGUUGACUGUCUAACCCUGGGCCAAUAUAUGCAGCCGACGAAAAAACAUCUCAAAGUCUUCGAAUACGUGACCCCCGCGAAAUUCAAGCAAUGGGAGGACAAAGGGAACGAAUUAGGGUUCCUUUACACCGCUAGUGGACCCCUAGUUAGAUCUUCGUAUAGAGCCGGAGAGUUCUUUAUCACCAGUUUGUUGAAGGAUCGGAAGGCGAAGAGCUUGUGACCGCUAGAUGGCGUUGAUUAAAGGUAGAAAUAAUUUUCGUUGUGAACGAUAGAUGGCGGUCAUUAAUGUUAGGAUUUUAGGUGACAAUUGUGGAAUUCGUGAUAAAGAAUACUCGAUCUAAUAUUCUAUGUUUUAUUCUAUUGUUAUAUUAAAUUUUACCAAGAUUUUAUGCGAUAUAGUCUAUUCUGAUAAACUUUCACAUUUUCAAUAUUAGAUUAGGAAUAUUUAUUUACACGCAUACGAUGGGUCUGACGAACAAAAUGUUGACGAACAAGAAGAGAACAUCAAAAUGUUAACGAAGAAGAAAAUAAAACUUAUAUUGAUUGUAACAUUUCGACAGAAAUGAAAAUUAAGCAAAUACACUUUUGGUAAGGACAGUGGCGCCCUGUUCUACCGCAUGUCAUUUACACUGUCACGGUAAUAGAGGCGAAUUCACAAUGAUUUUGAGUAGGUUGAUGUGCCGUUGACUGUACUCGUGUUACAAGAAAUUAAUCUAUUUGUAAUUUUGUCCAGAAUGAUCCUUUUAAAAGAAUAAUGACUUUGUAAAUAGUGUAUAGUAUAGAAUAAUCGAGAUAAAUAUAUUGUACAUAAUAUAUUGUAUGUUAUUGUCUUCAGAUCUGUGCUGUCUUAAUUACGAUACCUACCUAUUUAUUACAUUAGUUUCGGUUACAACUAUACAGUAAAAGCGAUGUGCCCGCCCUGUUCUCGUUUAUUUCUUCCCUUGGCGAGGAAAUAGAGAACUUCUCAUCGGUACCACGCGAACGAUUUGAAGAAAAUUCUCGGGAAUUUUCGAGAAUAUUUCCUGCCCAUUUGCGUGCUUUCUCGCAAAUUUCGAAAACGAUAUCGUGCAUCGUUAGUUACAUCUAAAUAUGAAUUAAUAACUCGGUUAAACUAAAAGUCGGCAAUUAAUAUAGCUGCCGCUAGAUGGCGGUGGUCAUUAAGCCAUGUCGCAUGCCAUUAUACAAUUUGUGAAAAUCUAAUAGAAAAAUAAAUGUUUACGAGUGAAACUGAAAUAGACUUUAUUUUUAAAUAGCUUCAACACAUUGCGUUUGUAAUUUAAAAGAGCUAGCUUUAUUUCAAUUUGAUGUUUUAAUAUGUAAAUUAUGUACCUAAUAGAAGAGUGAGAAGUGUUUUUACUUACACUAUAUUAAUAUAAUAUUUAUGCCUUCGAUGUUUAUUGUUGAUCAUAUUUUUGUUAAAAUAUAUAUUUUCAAAAAUA